CGGACGUGAGUCGCGAUACGCGCAGACAGACCGAGGUCCCAUUUAGAGACUCCACGCUGCUGCUGCGAGCGGGCGAGCACCAAAAGCCAUGGCAGAAAACCAAGACAUGUCUUCAGUUGAGAUGAAGGUGGUUCGACAAAUUGAGUACUACUUUGGGGAUCAUAACCUUCCAAGAGACAAGUUUCUCAAAGAACAAUUGCAACUUGAUGAUGGCUGGGUCACCAUUGAAACAAUGCUGAAAUUUAACAGACUCAAGACCUUAACCACAGAUAGCAGCGUCAUCGUUGGUGCCCUUCAAAAAUCAAAGUCUGGCCUAUUGGAAAUCAGCGAGGACAAGACUAAGAUGAGGAGAUCUCCAAACAAACCCUUGCCAGAAAUCAAUGAUGAGUACAAGGACACCCUGAAAAAUAAAUCUGUGUACAUUAAAGGUUUUCCUCUAGAAACUACCCUUGAUGAGAUCCAGGAGUGGUUGAGCGGGAAAGGCACCAUCGAGAACAUUCAAAUGAGGAGAAACUUACAAAGGCAAUUCAAAGGAUCGGUGUUCAUCUGUUUUGACUCGAACGAAACGUCCAAGCAGUUCCUUGAACGUUCAGAUAUAAAAUCAUUCAAAGACAAUGAGAUGCUUGUGCUGUCAAGGGAAGACUAUCACGCCAAGAAAGCAGAAGAAAGAAAACAGUACAAAGCAAAAGCAAAAGCUAAACAUGACAAGGAGGAACAUCAGAAAAAUGCAGAGGAAAAAGAAAUGGGCCUGCUUUUGGAUGAACAGACGGGAUGCCUACUGAAAUUUUCAGGAGAACUGGAAAACGUUUCGAGAGAGGACUUCCAUGAAUUGUUUUCUGGACAUGGAAAAAUUAAGUGGGUUGACUUUACACGGGGAGCCAAAGAGGGAACUCUCCUCUUUGAUGGGAAUGCGAAGGAAGCUUUGGAAAAGGCAAAGGAGGCAAAUGGAGGAACGCUGCAAGUUAAGGACAGCGAUGUUGCGUGGGAGGUGCUUGAGGGAGAUGUGGAGAAAGAUGUAAUGAAAAAGAUAAUCGAAGCUCAACAAGAAACAUACAACAGAUCAAAGGGCAGAGGUGGUAGAGGAAGGUCAGGUGGCAGAGGACGAGGAGGCCGAAGGGGGGGAAGAGGUGGCAGAGAUCAAGGAAGAACCCAUUUCCAAGGCAAAAAGACCAAAUUUGAUAGUGAUGAUGAGGAGGCACCUCCAAGCCCAAAGAAGCGACCUCUAGAAGAAGCAGAUGCUGAUGCUCCAGCAUCAAAGGUUGGCAAAACAGAAAAUGGAUCUUAGACUCGUCUUUUUAUUCCUUGAACAACAUUUAUUAUAAACAUGGA